AUGCUUCGUCAAGUAAAGCCUCGAAACGCCCGCUCAAAGCGCGCUCUUGAAAAGCGGGAGCCCAAAACCAUCGAGAACUCCCGGACGUGCCUGUUCCUCCGCGGGACGUCGUGCUCGCAAACCGUCCAGGACGCUCUCAACGACCUCUACUCCCUCCGCCUCCCUCUCGCCAAGAAAUUCACCAAGAAGAACCCCAUCCACCCGUUUGAAGAUGCCACCUCUCUCGAGUUCUUCUCGGAAAAGAACGACGCCAGCCUUUUGGCGUUUGGCAGCAGCCAGAAGAAGCGCCCCCAUACCGUGACGCUGAUCCGCACCUUUGGAUUCAAAGUCCUCGACAUGGUGGAGCUGAAUCUCGACCCGGGAACCUUCAGAGCAAUGGUCCAGUUCAAGAACAAGAAGUUUGCCAUUGGGCUGCGGCCCAUGCUCCUUUUCGCGGGCACCGCGUUUGAGAGCCCCGUGUCGAACGAGUUCACUCUGGCCAAGAGCAUGUUUACAGACUUCUUCAAGGGCGAGCCCUCGGACAAGAUGGAUGCAGAGGGCUUGCAGUACAUCAUCUCGAUAACCGCCGAGGAUAUCUCUGGGGACGGAGACGUCAAACCUGCCAUCCAUUUGCGCACCUACAUGAUCAGCACGAAGCGCAGCGGGCAGAAACUUCCGCGCGUGGAAGUUGAGGAAAUUGGACCUCGCAUGGACUUUCGCGUUGGGAGGGUCAAGGAGGCUGACGAGUCCAUGCUCAAGGAGGCCAUGAAGAAAGCCCGCGGCUUGGAAGAGAGAUCCAAGAAGAACAUUACCACCGAUGCAAUGGGCGACAAGGUUGGCAGAGUCCACUUGGGUAGGCAAGAUCUGAGCCAGCUGCAACUGAGAAAGAUGAAGGGCCUCAAGAGAUCGAGGAGGGAUGAGGAAGACCUGGUAGAAGACGUUGUCGCUGAAGAUGCCAAGAGGGUGAAGCAAUAA